CGGUGAGUGAGUUCAAAGGUUAAUUUAGUACUGAGCCGUACAUUAAAUUGUUGCAUGGGCUACAUUUAUUAAAGUACAGUACAGUGUUUUGUUUUCUCUUGGAAGUUGGGGUUCAGAUAAAAGUAAAAUGUCGGUUCAUGAUCGCAGAGUAUUAUCAGUACAAAGCCAUGUUGUGUCAGGAUAUGUUGGAAACAAAGCAGCCGUCUUCCCAAUGCAGGUUCUAGGUUAUGAAGUUGACUUCAUCAAUUCUGUACAGCUAUGCACUCACACACAAUAUGAAUUAAUCAAAGGCCAAGUCUUGAAUGCUGAUGAACUCAAGUGUUUAUAUGAUGGUAUAAAAGGAAAUGGUAUUAAUAGAUAUUCUCAUCUGCUAACUGGUUAUGUUGGCUCGACAUCUUUUCUUCAUGAGGUGAUACGCGUCGUGAAAGAUGCACGUGACGCCAACGCUAAUAUGACAUACGUGUGUGAUCCUGUCAUGGGCGAUAAUGGUAGGUUCUACGUUCCAGAAGAUUUGAUGCCAAUUUAUCGAGAUGAGCUGUUACCUCUAGCGGAUAUAGUUACUCCAAACCAGUUUGAGGCUGAACUUUUAAGUGGAAUGAAAAUAACCAAUGAAGUAGAAGCCUUGAAAGCCAUGCAGACCCUUCACGAUAAAGGAGUUAAGACAGUUGUACUUAGCAGUUAUGAAACAGGGAAAGAAGAUACACUAACCUUGCUUGGGACACAACUCAAAAAUGGGAAGAAGACAGGUUGUAAAAUUGAGUAUCCAAAGUUAAACAUGAGGUUUACUGGCACAGGUGACGUCUUCUCAGCCCUUCUACUAGUGUGGACUCAUAAAUACCCAGACAACCUUCAGCUUGCUUGUGAGCAGGUAAUAUCAACUAUGCAGGGUAUAUUACAAAGAACGUACAAGGAAGCACAGGUGAUUGUUGUCAUAAACAAGAUUUUUUGUGAGAAUUAUAAGAAACCCAUACAUAAGAGAUGUUUUAUUACUUAAGAAUUCGUUUGUGCCAGUCUCACCAAGGCACUAGUCUGUGUAAGAGUCAUAUUUUUUGUGAUCCUAUUCGAUAUUCUAAACUUUCUGUAUACAUACAAUAUUGCUUAUAGAAUGGAGAAUAUAGCCUAAUUGUUUAAUGAGAAAAACAUUCCAUGUUUGUCAAUCAAUUUCAGUGGCACCUCAUAAAUGUACAGUUAUUCAUAUAUCAAGUAAAAUUGUAUUUCCUGAAGUUGGUAAAUGUUUUCAUUAAUAACCUUUUGGCCAGUAUGUUGUCAAUUAUAAAAUUACGUUCAAUUUCAGAUAUCUUUAUUAAAUUUAUGAAUUCAAGAAAAUUUCUUAACCCCUUGUUGUGGUCAGACUGCAAAUUUACCAUUUUGACAGGUCACUGAACCUAUUUUGAAGUUUGGAAAUAAGGGAAUUAAAUGAGAUGUCUAUGACUAAAAAUUUACAAAGAGGCUUUUUAGUGUUGUUGGAAAUGAAUGCCUUUUGAACAGAUGUAUGCAACCUUGAUCUAGGUUGAAGAUGUGAUCCAAUAUGGCCACCAUAGAUAUAAAGAAUAAAUUACAUAACUCUAAUAUUAUGGGUUUUUUGGGGUCCAUUUUCAGGCUAAACAAAUAACGAAAUUAAAACAUUUGCCUAUCUGCUAUUGUGUAGGCCACAUUCAUUGCCUAGCUGCAGUUCACUAAGUGUACAGUGACAUUAACAAAGAAGUUGGCCUUUACACCAUACACACCACUCAUAGAGGCAGUGCAUAGCCUGUUUGGAAUACAAGACAAUUUUCAUAAGUUUAAGUCAGUUUUCUUGCACACUGUAAUUUAUUGUUAUUAAUUAUUAUUUUGUAAUUGUAACAUUUACAAUUUUCAUGUACGGACAGUUAGUCAUCUUGGAUUUUGGAAAACAUUUUAAGUUCUACAGUAAUUAAUUUGCACAUUUUUUAUGAUGAAAUACAAAGAUACAGUAAUCUUCAUUCGGACAACUAUUUGUUCAGUUUUAUGAAUGAGUAGAAUAUGGUAAUUAAUAAAUUAUAUUUGAGUCUAAUUUUAGGUACUAUCUUUAAUAUGAAUACCUGUAAGCAAUAAAUAACUGAAGAUUGUAGACAGUAAUGUAAGUGAUGUAAGUGUUAUGUAUUAAAUGGUGAUUGGCAACUAACAGAUUUAUUUAAUUUAUCCAGAAUUCAUUUCAGUAGUGUACUGAAGUUACAUUGAUGAUGCUUGUGUAGGUUACAACCUCCAAUCCCAUUGGUUAAGCUCGUACAUGUUGCAAACACAAUUUCCAUUUGUGGAACACUGUACCAUUAUGAAUGCCAUGCAGGCAUUAAGUUUAACUGCACAGGGUUGCUUUCAGUGUUAUAAAUGUCAAUUGCAUUUGUUUUGCAAAGUGUAGGCCUAUAUUUUACCGACUGAAACCCGAAUUAGCAUGUCCUUAAGGUUAGGGCUGGAGUGCGCUCUCACUAACCACAAAAAGGCUUCGUGAAAGAAUAGGUCAAAUAAAUACUGCCUUGCAUGGCAUUGGCGUAACUUGUCGCAACCGUAUAACCUGUAAAGCAUUCAGGAUUAUGAGAGUGAUGCAACAUAUUCAGGCUCAAGCAUUCCAAAUAAAAAAAAUCCUAUUUGAUAAAUA